AGGGUAGGGUACUACUAUAUCGGGAGGAAGAUGGAAGGCGCCCUGCUCUGUGCCGCCAACCACGCGCCGCUCACGCCCAUCUCUUUCCUCGAGCGGGCCGCGCUCGUGUACCCGGACCGCCACGCCGUGGUGUACGCCGCCGGCGACGCGCCGCCCCGGACGUGGAGAGAGACCCGGGACCGCUGCUUCCGCCUCGCCGCCGCCCUCGCCGGUCUCGGCGUCCAGCGCCGCGACGUGGUCGCGGUCUUCGCGCAUAACAUCCCAGCGAUGUACGAGCUGCACUUUGCGGUGCCGAUGGCCGGCGCCAUCAUUUGCGCACUCAACUCGCGUCUCGACGCAGCCAUGGCCUCCGAUCUGCUGCAGCAUUCAGAGGCCAAGGUCGUCUUCAUCGACGCUGCACUGCUCGGGGUCGCCCAGGAAGCCCUUCACCUCAUGUCCGUUGCAGGCGCCAGGGCCCCCGUUGUCGUCCUCAUCAGAGGCGAGGUCUCAACGUCGUCGACAACUCAGCACGACUACGAGGACAUAGUGAGCAGGGGAGGGUCUCCCGAGUUCGCGGUGCAGUUGCCGGCGGACGAGAACGAGCCGAUCGCGCUCAGCUUCACGUCCGGGACGACAUCCCGGCCCAAGGGCGUGAUCUACAGCCACCGCGGCGCGUACCUCAACAGCCUCUUCAGCGUGCUGCUCAACGAGAUGGCGUCCAAGCCGGUAUACCUCUGGACGGUGCCCAUGUUCCACUGCAACGGCUGGUGCAUGACGUGGGGCGUGGCGGCGCAGGGCGGCACCAACGUUUUCCUCCGCAAGGUCACCGGCGCCGCCAUCUUCGACGCCAUCUGCCGCCAUGGCGUCACCCACAUGGGCGGCGUGGCCACCGUGCUCUCCAUGAUCGUCAACACCGCCCCGGAAGAUCGGCGGCCGCUGCCGGCAGGAAAGGUGUCCGUUGUGACGGGCGGCGCGCCUCCGCCGCCGACGGUGCUGUCCGGGAUGGAUGAGCUCGGGUUCCUGGUGAUCCACACAUACGGCCUCACGGAGACGUAUGGCGCGGCGACGGUCUGCGCAUGGAUGCCCGAGUGGGACGCGCUGCCGGCAGAGGAGCAGGCGGAGAUCAAGGCGCGGCAGGGGCUCCAACACUUGGGCCUGGAGGUGGACGUGAAGGACCCGGCGACGAUGCGCAGCAUCCCGGCUGACGGGAAGACCGUGGGGGAGGUGAUGCUCCGGGGCAACACGGUGAUGAGCGGGUACUACAAGGACGCGCCCGCCACGGCUAAGGCGAUGGCCGGCGGGUGGUUCCGGUCGGCUGACCUUGCGGUGCGAAACCCCGGGGACGGGUACCUGAAGUUCCAGGACCGGUCCCAGGACGUCAUCAUCUCCGGCGGCGGGGAGAAGAUCAGCACGAUCCAGGUGGAGGAAGCGUUGUUCGCGCACCCGGCGGUGGCGGAGGCGGCCGUGGUCGGGCGGCCCGACGAGCAUUCGGGUGAGACGCCGUGCGCGUUCGUGGUGCUGAGGAGGAAGAGGGAGGUGGAGGCGGAGGAGGUGAUGGAGUUCUGUAAGAAGAAGCUGCCGCGGUACAAGGCGCCGAGUACGGUGGUGGUCGUGGAUGAGCUGCCCAAGACGGCGACGGGAAAGGUGCAAAAGUUGUUGCUCCGGGAGAAGGCCAGGGCCAUGGGCAGCCUCUCCGAUCCUCCACCGUCUCCCGUGCUUGAGGAGGAGCAUGAAGAAGCACCCAACAAGGUGUAAACGCACUGUCUCUAUUUUUCAGUUCGUCAGUUAACAGUCGAGACAACAGUGCUGUUCCUUGACUGUUAGAAAUAAUCUUGUCCUAGUUCAGUUUGGUUAGUAUUGUGUUUAGUUCGUAAAGUAUCUUUCCUGUUUCUUUGCAUGGCGGAAGGUCAUGGCUUGGAAAUUUAGAAAGUUUGAGUACGAGUCCAAGUAGUAGUACUAGUACGUGUUAGAGUUUGGAGUUAGCUAGCUGAGUUUGAUUCGGUUAGGGAUAGGCGGAACUAUGUUUGAGUCGGUCAGGUUCUAAGCUAGGCCUUAGUCCUUUAUAUACAGUUCUAACGUGGUUUGUAAGUUGCAACGAGAAAAUCAGAAAAGCAAUAAAGAGUAGUUUAGAGGGUGCGACACGCACCCUUGGCGAUAAAUUUUA